AUCCAAUUUCAAAUUGUGAUGAAUGAAUUUGGUUCAACGACUAAGAGAAUGGAAGAUGAAUAUGAGGACGGUUCAGAAAUAGGUUAUAUAGAUAGGGCAGCAGAGUCCACUUUAGAACAGCAUAGAAAAGUGUUGGAAGAAUUUGAAAGAAAACGAGAAGCUCGUGGUAUUCUGUUACCGACUGAUGACGUCCAAGUUAGGAAAGAACUUCGAAAGCGACAAGUACCAGUAACACUAUUUGGAGAGGACGCUUAUGAUAGAAGAGAACGACUAAGGCUUAUAUUAGCCCUUGAAUUGGAAAAAGCAGAGAAAGAGUCCGACGAAACGCAAGUGAUUCCGGAAGGUCCCAAGUUGGGAGAUGAUAAACAGACAGAAACAUUUUAUACAGAAGGAACGGCUCGAUUAAGGGCAGCGAGAAAGGAAAUCUGUUUGCAUUCCUUGAAAUGUGCUCGAGAAAGGGUAUCGCAAGAAAAGAGAAGAGUCCGUGCUCUGAAAGCCUUUUCAGAACAAAGGAAUGAUAUGGACGACGAAGACUUUUCUUUGGCCCAUUCUUGGCAAGAGAAGCGAAAAGAGUUUAUAAAGUCCGCACAAUUUAUGAGCGUUCUUUCUAGUCAGUUUGGAGACGAACGUCCUCUUACAGGUAUUCGAUUUGCACCAACCCAUCAAAUAUUAGCAACUUGUUCUUGGAGCGGUGUCAUUCGGUUAUGGAACGUUUCUGAUUGCAAUGAAGUAGGAGUUUUACGAGGACAUUCGGAACGUGUAUCUUCGAUAGCUUUUUCACCCCAUGUUUCUUCUUCCUAUCUUUUGGCAAGUGCUUCUGCAGAUAACAACGUUCGUCUUUGGUCCAUUGACUGUGAUAACUACUCUCUGACUAAAACAACUGUUCUUCGUGGACAUUCUGCAAGAGUGACUAGUGUUGAGUAUCAUCCACUCGGCAAAUAUUUAGCGACAGCCUCGUUUGAUCAUACUUGGAGACUGUGGGAUGUGGAAACUAGGAAAGAACUUUUAGUCCAAGAAGGUCAUUCUAAACCUCUAUACAAAGUAUCAUUUCAAGUGGAUGGUUCUCUUGCUAUAUCUGCAGGUGCUGACUGUGGUGCCCGAUUGUGGGAUCUUCGUACGGGAAGAAGUAUUGCAUCUUUUCUAGGUCAUGGUAAGCCCAUUUUAACGGUCGAUUGCUCUCCAGAUGGAUAUCAUUUUGCAACGGGUAGUGAAGACCACUCUAUUCGAAUAUGGGAUAUUAGGAAGAAGCGAUGUGUGUAUACAAUACCUGCACAUUCUGCGUUAGUAUCACAUGUAGAAUUCCAUAAAAAUGGUCACUUUUUGUUAUCCAGUUCAUUCGAUAACAGUUGCAAGUUAUGGAGUACACAGGGAUGGGUAUUGAUAAAGGCAUUAAUAGAUCACGAAGAUAAGGUGAUGUGCUGCAAUUCUACAAGCGAUGGUCAAUAUAUUGCAAGCUGUUGUUUUGACCGUACUUGGAAGCUCUGGGGUGUCGAGAAUUGGGCACAAGAGAAGGAAGAAGGAGAGGAAGCUCCCUUGUUGCUCAACGGGAUGGAGGAUGAGAGAAUGGAGAUAUCUCAUUGACCAAGUUUACCUGGAUGAACAUAUUGAAUACUAUUUCCUGUCUUCACUAGUUGUGUGGAUUGUCAGCAUAGAAAGAGGCACCUCUCACGAAGAAGCAGCUUUUAGCAAUGGCCGUAUAUUUUCUAUUCUU